AUGAUUGACUACGUCAACGUCCUUCUCCCAUUCGUGCCAUUAGGUAUCAUUGCCGGUGUGCUUGGUUGGAGCCCUGCGGCUGUGUUCUCGCUGAACUUCAUCGCCAUUAUUCCCCUGGCAGCGGUGCUAUCCUUUGCUACGGAAGAAAUUUCCAUCCCAUUUGGCGAAACACUAGGAGGGCUACUGAAUGCCACCUUUGGCAACGCAGUUGAGCUCAUCGUAAGUAUCGUCGCCCUAAAGAAUAACCAAAUCGAAGUCGUGCAGUCUUCAAUGCUUGGUUCCAUUCUAUCUAAUCUUCUUCUUGUCAUGGGAAGUAGCUUUCUUCUCGGCGGCCUUGUCAACAUGAAGGAUGACUCAGGCAACGGCACCGAGCAGACCUUCACCAGUGCGAUGGCACAAACGACAUGCUCCUUGUUAGCGCUGCCAGCCGCCUCAAUGACCAUUCCCGCUACUCUCUACAGCAUCCUCGAUAGCUCGGAUCGGCAUGGUAAAACCGAAUCCAUCCUUUGGCACUCACGCGGGACGGCCAUCAUCCUUCUUAUCCUGUACGCCCUGUAUCUGUGCUUCCAGCUGCGGACGCGCAAGAAUCUAUUCAGCGAGGGGAGCGGUGGAACUUCCUCCCUUGACGAGGAAGGCGGCGAGCCUGAAUCAGUAAUGAGUCCUUGGUCUGCUACAGCGGUACUGGUUGCCGUGGCCGUUGUUAUCUCCUUCUGUGCAGAUUACCGGGUUGGCAGCAUCGACAGCAUCGACAAAGACGCGCAUACUAGUAAGAGCUUUAUUGGCUUGAUCCUGAUCCCCAUUGUCAGCAACGCAGCCGAGCACGCCACGGCAUUUGAGACAGUUAUCUUCGCUGUAUCUGUUUUAGUCGUGACGGGCACGGUGCAGGAUGGGAAAUCUAACUAUUUGGAGGGAGCCAUGCUUGUGGGACUCUAUAUUAUCAUCGCUUUGACAUUCUGGGCUAUCCCUACUGGAGUUUUGGGAAAAGUUACGGGCUGA